AUGAAGAAUCUAUUGCUUAUAUUAUUACUUGUCACCUUCAUCAAUUCUUGGCUUAGUGAAGCAUCCUCCGCACCUGAACCAGUGUUAGACAUAAAUGGCAAAAUCCUCCGAACACACACAACGUAUUACAUAGUGCCAACAAAUCGCGAAAAUGGCGGUCUCUCUGUAGAAACCAUCGGCAAUGAGACAUGUCAACUUGGCGUUGUAAAAGAAAAAUACGACAAAAAUGGUGAUAUUUUAGAAUUUAUCCCGCUGGAUAAAAAGAAAGGUAUAAUACGUGUAUCGACUGAUUUAAAUGUUGCGAUUUUCAGCACGUACGAAUGUCGUCAAUCGACAGUGUGGCAACUUGAGGAGUAUGAUCCAUCGACAGGGAAGUAUUUUGUUAACGUUGGUGGAGUUGAUGGGAAUCCUGGUUCUAAAACAAUAAGGAAUUGGUUCAAAAUUGAGAAGUAUGGACAUGGUUACAAAUUUGUUUAUUGUCCUUCAGUGUGCACUUACUGCAAAGUCAUUUGCAAAGAUGUUGGAGUUUAUAUGAUCAACGAACAAAAUCGUUUAGCACUCAACGAUGUUCCUCUCGUGUUCAACUUCAAAAGAGAAUUCAAUUCUUGA